GCGAGCCGCCCUCCACGCCCGUCCACGCCUCCGCGGCACCAUGGCGGCAACCUUAAGGAGCUGGAGCUGCCUCGCCUUCAUCCUGACUGUCUUCACCGUCUGCCAGGGUUCACACGGGUCGCGGGGAAGGACCGCGGGCCCGGCAGGCCCGGCAGUGCUGCGGCCGGUCGUGCUGCUGGAGACGGAGCAGGGCCUCAGCCCGGUGGCGGGGCCGCCCGUGGUGGACGACGUGGCCCUCAUGGAGCUGGACCAGCUGCUCAACCUCUUCCAGGGGAAGGGCAAGCGCAGCCAGGACCAGCCCGACAAGGGGCUGACGCGCGACUUGGUGACGCAGGUGCUGCAGCCCGGUGGGGCGGGCAUGUGGUUCGGCCCGCGGCUGGGUCGCCGGCGGCGCUCCGCACCAGGCGCGCCCGCCACGGCGCACCGCCGGAAGCGGUCCCUCCAGGACGGCGACGUGGACAACGACAUCCCCUGGAAGCUGGCCGAGCUCCUCAAGGAGCUGCAGGGGCCGAAGAGGUCCCCGUCGCCCUGUGACCAGACGGACAUCAACUGCCUUCUGGCGAGCAUCACCAGUAACUCGGCCGCUUUCGCGCCGGAGCAGCAGCAGCGCCCCCGCUCCGAAGGCAACCUGGUCAACUUCACGCCACGCCUGGGCCGAGGCAGCGGCGAGCAGGGCGACGACGGGGGCGCGGGCCUGUUUCGCCUGGACGCCGAGUCCGGGGACGCGUCCGGGGCGACGGCCCGCCAGCUGCGAACCGACACGGACCCUCUGUGGUUUUCUCCGCGCCUCGGCCGCCGACUUCUGCCUCUCGGAGCAAUGGACGUCCACGCCCCCGCAGGUGUGCCCCCACCCCCGCAGCGGCAGCCCGCGCACCCCCAGUCUCGCGGGGUCCGCGCCGCGCGCUCCGCCGACGAGGCCGCCGAGUCGGUGGGCACCCAGGGCAAGCCGGACCAGCAGGACCAGGCGAGCCAAGAGCACGCGCAGGCCUAAACUGCUGUCGAUGGUCGCUCCGAGCAGAUUCGUCCCCCUGGCUCUCAGCUUCUUUUUACACGUGAAAAAUGGAAAAUUGUAAUUUUUGCCUCAUGUCAGAAUUGAGCAGACCCGCGUAGGUACAAAACUGUCGCUUAUUCUUUUCACCCUUAAUGUUGGGUAGUAUGAGUAGAGCACUUUCAUGUGAGUCAAGUCACUGCAUGGAUGGAUCUGACUUGACUUCAUGAAAAAUAGCACCAUUCGAUAUUUUAGAACAUGAGAUGCUUUACAUGUGUGAUAAUUAGUUCCAUUACUAAAUUCAAUAAUGUAGUUGUAAUUGUAAGGUCCCUCAGAACGGAUUUUGUGUCUCAAGUUUUUCUUUUGAAGGGGUAAGGAAAUAAAAAAAGGUGUGCUUGGAACUUGCCCAGAAUUGAGAUUUUGUUACCAAUGUAUAAAGAAAAUGUCAUCAAAAGUUGAUUCUGAAAAAAUUUUGAGCUGCAAAUUGGGUCCUCCGUUCUGGGGGCAUUUUAGUUAUCUUCUCUGAUAUUCACAUUCUUACAGCAGUGGUUAUUUAGUGGCUUAUGAUUACUUCUUCUGUGUUAAGAGUGAAGAUAAUUUUUGUACCAUUAAAUCAUCAUAGUGAGCAGCACUGAAAAUA